UUGAGCCCCGGCCCCUGGGAUAAAGGUAGCGGUUGAUGCCUGCCCGCAGGCCGUUACUUCCCCAGCCUCAUAACAGAAGAGCCUUGUCCGUGAGCCUCGGAGAUGGAGGGCAGUAGGGUUGAGCAUAGCGAUGGUACUGAUGGGAUGCAGGCCAUGGAGCAGAAGGUCACGAGGCCAGAAGAUAAACAAUGAUAUGCAUCUUCCUUAGGUAUAGUAACAAAGAAAAUGCUAGUCAUAUCAAGUAUAUGUGGAGGCAUCGCUUUACUUCUGUGGGUAAUGUUAGAAUUUCCUAGAAAAUUUAAAAAGCCAGAGAUACUUAAUGACAAUACAUGCUCUGAGGAUGAAACUAUAUGUCCACAAGACUGGAACCAAAUCAGUAAUAAUUGCUUCUUUCAAUCUGAACGUGCAAAAACUUGGAUAGAGGGUCAAGAAAACUGCAUAGCCUAUCGUGGAUCUCUGGCCAUAUUCAACUCCAAGAAUGAAGUGGAAAUGUUGAUGCCCCAUCUGGGAACUUCUGCCUAUUGGAUUGGACUGAAAAAACUCAAUGCAAGCACACCCUGGAUGUGGGUAAAUGGAGAUGCAUUCAGCAAUUGGUUCAAUAUUGAAGGAAGUGGAAUGUGUGCCUUCAUGCUUCACAAGAGAAUAAACAGUACCAAUUGUGAUAACACAAUGAAAUAUAUAUGUGGCAGAGAACCCCGUUGUCCUUAGACAAAGGGCUCCCCAGAAUACAGCGAAUAAAGUAAUGAAAGGCAAA